UUACUCUUUGUAUUAUCUAUGUUUUAGGCUGUAUGGGCUAAGCACCCUUUGCCUUUCCCUCCCCUGUAUGGGAAAAUUGUAUCAAAAAAAAAAUCUAUGUUUUUGCUACUCUUUCUUUGGAAGAAAUUAAACUGUAUUGAAGAAAAAUGCAUCUCAGUUUUAUUCGUAAUUUUUGAAUUAAAUUGGGUCUUGCGCCAUAAGAAAUAGUCAAUGUUGACUCGUGUAGUGAUUUGUGGUCUUAUUGUCUAGUGAUAAAGAGCAAGCUUCUGCCGUGUUAAAUUGUUGCGCUUAUUUUCAGUUUGCAGUUGUACUUUCAUUUUUUGAAGUUGUUACGAAAUAUUAUAAAAUGACUUCAGCCCUUUACUUAGAGCACUAUCUUGAUAGUCUACAGCAUUUACCUAUAGAACUGCAAAGGAACUUUAAAUUGAUGCGAGAUCUUGACGAUCGUGCACACGGCCUAAUGAGAACAAUCGAUCUUAUGGCUGAUGAGCUACUACCGACAAUUCCAAAAAUGGACGAAGAAACAAAAAAAGAGAAGGUAAACACCAUACAAGGCUUGUUCAACAAAGCAAAAGAAUAUGGCGACGAUAAAGUUCAACUUGCGAUUCAAACAUAUGAGUUGGUUGACAAACACAUACGAAGACUUGAUUCUGACCUUGCAAGAUUCGAAUCCGAGAUACAAGAGAAAGUUAUGAGCGCUAGAGCUGCUCAACAGGCUGCCGCUGACCAAGAGACUAAUACUACCACAGUUAAAAAAGGCAGGAAAAAACACAAGGCUAAUGAAAAGGCAGCAACUGCAACUGGCAAAAAGAAGCGUGCCGGUGCUUCCAGUGAAGAUGACGCUGCAUCUGGUAGGCCAGCUGCAAAGAAAAAGGCUCAGCGUAAAGGAGCAGCAGCUACAACUAACACUGGUAAAGAACAGGAAGAGAAUGCUGAUUUGGACUCAGUUGCUAUGGCUCAUCCCAGUGAUGUACUUGACAUGCCUGUUGAUCCUAAUGAGCCGACGUAUUGUCUUUGUCAUCAAGUGUCUUAUGGUGAGAUGAUUGGCUGUGAUAAUCCUGAUUGUCCCAUAGAGUGGUUUCACUUUGCAUGUGUGGAUCUCAAGAUUAAACCUAAAGGUAAAUGGUAUUGCCCAAAGUGUACACAGGAUAGGAAGAAAAAAUGAUCCACAGUUAAACAACCCACCAAACCCACAGAUAAGACUGUGUCUGUUAAGAGAGAAGUGAAAUGAAGUCCUAUAGAUUAUUAUAGAGUAGAUUACUAAUAGAAUAUUAAUGUAUUGAUGUGUAAAAGAAUAUGUAUUAUUUAUGUUCACUCUGAAAACAUUAUCUAAAGAUUCAAAAAAAUUAUGAUGCUUCCAUUAAAGUUUUUUACACACAUGUCUAUGAAAUUAUAUAUAUCUAUUUUGUGAGGACCUGUUAAUAAGGUGCACUAUCUCUUAGUUUAAGAAUAGUAUAUAAAGCUGAUAGCAGAUUGAUCGGAGCCCAAGGAAGCAAACAAAAUGAAUUUUCUUGUCUCUGCAUGUGUAUGAUAGAUGAUAUAAGAAGCUUGAUGAUUAGCAUACUAUGCUUUUUUAUAAUUUAAUACAAUAGUUGUUUUGCCUCCUUUGGUAUUUUCAAUGACUAUUUAAAAUUUGGCAUAAGAUUGUUGUAAGUUGUGCAUAAAUCAUAAAUGGAUUGAAAAUAUUCUAAAUUUAUAUUGAAUUAUGUAGGGUAAUUAAAAUAGUAUUAAAUGACAUUUUUAACAGUAAUUGGGAAGUUGUUUUUGACAUAAAUAUGUACAUAUUUAUUAUUACACUUUUAUAAAUUUACUAUUUUUUCCAUAUUUAAUUAUCAAUAUGUAUAAAAAGCAAUGAACACCGAAAUAAUAAUUUUAUAACAUACAUACAUAUUUUGUUACUUUGAUUGUGAGGUAUAAUGAAGUUAUACAAUUUUUAUAUGUCAAAAUUCAGUAGUUGUUAUGUAGGUAAUUAAACAAUAAAAAAAUUAAGUGGUUUUGCAAUAGUGAUAAAAACUGUAAUUAAAUGAAAAAUUUUGUAUUUAAUCCACAGAGUUUAAUUAAAAUCACAUUUGAACUGAUAUAAAAAUUACUUCUAAUACUUUAAUAAUUAUGUAUAUAACUUACAAUUUCUUUAUGAUCCUAACAAGAUUUGAGUUAUAAUCAAACACUUUUACUUUAAAUAAAUAGCUAAUAAUAUAUAAUUAGGUGAAUCAAUGCCAAUGCAUAAUCGUAAAUAUCAUCAGAUUAUGAUUUUUGUACAAUAUUAUAAUCAAACAACAUAAAUUGUUUAUUAUCCAACAUGACAGAUUAUAAACCAAAGAUGUUUACAAUUUAACAUUGGCAUAAUAUACAAAGUUGAAUAUUACUAUUGUUAUUUCAUGUUCCCUACUCAUUUGCAUGAAAUUAUAAGACAUAAUAAUACAUGGCUUACUAUUGUAAGUCCUAAUUAUAUUUACGCAUAACACUGCAUAACAGCUAAUGCAUUAUUUUUUAAGCAUAUCUUAAACCAUUAAGUUCAUGGACCUAAUUGAUUGAUCAGUUAAUUUAUAUGUAGUAACACUAUGGCAAUUGAAAAUAAGCUUGGAGGAUAUUAAUGCAAAAGUAUUUUUAUGCUAAAAACAAUUACAGCAAAGUUGUUAUGACAAAGUAUAUUAGGAAAAUUAUGCAAAAGAAGGGAUACCAUUAUUUCAUCUAAGGUUUGUAUAAAGUUUAAAUAAAUAUUAAAAAGCUUUUACAGUGGACAAAUAGCAUUUGUGAUAUUGUUUAGUUACAAUAUUUUCAAUAAUAAUUGUUCUUUAGUGUUGAUCACUGUAGAUGGCUUUUAAGGUUGAAAAUAAUAUAUUAGUAAUUUUUAAAUUUACAUCAUGUUCAGUUGUAUUAUGAAAAUAUAUGUUUCUUUUUUAUUUAUAUUUUUAAGCAAGUUUGUUUAAAUGGAGAGAUAAAUGAUCUUGGAUAUAUAUCACAAUUAUUAUUGUAUUCGAUUUUUAAAAGAUUUGUCAGUUUUUUAACUUUGUUAAUAAAGAGCAGUAAUAAAAAUAGAUUCUUUUUAUUGUAUGCAUGUUAUGCUCAGAGACCGAAAUCGCUCAUUGCGCGAAAAAAUGGCUCACUACACGUUGUGCUCACAGCUAAACAGCCACAAUGCGAAAUUCAUGUCAUGGCUCUAAUGAAAACGCUCACGUCACAACGCGUAAUGGCAACGAAGGAAAAGCCAUGAAACGUUUGGAACCAUAUUUAAUUAAGAUGCACAGUGCUUUAUGAUCUGGAUCCUACUAGUACUAACUGUAGAAAAUGUCUUAAUUCCCUUUUUUUUUUGCAAAAAUAUUGUCAUAUAUAUUAUUUUAAUCGUGACUUUAAAGUAACAAUAAAUUUGUUGAUUUUUAGGAUUAUUUUAUUAACAAAAAAUCCACUCAAUAAGUGAUAAAGUGUUGAAAGUAAAAUAGUAAAUGACUUCAUCAUUGCCACAAUGCGUCGAGGGCGAAUAGCAUGUAAGAACA